AUGUCGAGCAACGAGAAGCUUGACAAGGGCAACUUUGGUGCCAAAGGCAGCAUCGUCAAGGCCUUUGACGCAUUUCCCAAAUCGAAACCCCAAUAUGUCCUGAGAACGGCCGGCGGCGGCAAGUGGACCGUGGCCAUGGCCGUCAUCUCCCUCCUCCUCUUCGGCAGCGAGGUCGCCCGCUGGUGGCGCGGCUCCGAGUCGCACACGUUCGCCGUCGAAAAGGGCAUUUCCCAGUCGAUGCAGAUCAACCUCGACGCCGUCGUCAAGAUGGCCUGCGGCGAUCUCGACGUCAACGUGCAGGAUGCCUCGGGCGACCGCAUCCUCGCCGCCACUCGCCUGCAGCUCGACCAGACCAGCUGGAGCCAGUGGGCCAAUGCCAAGGGCGUUCACCAGCUCGGCUUGGACAAGGAGGGCCGCAUCAUCACCGGCGCCGGCUGGCACGCCCAGCACGAUGAGGGCUUCGGCGAGGAGCACAUCCACGACAUCGUCGCUCUGGGCAAGAAAAAGGCCAAGUGGGCCAAGACGCCGACGGUCCGCGGGCCGCCCGACAGCUGCCGCAUCUUUGGCAGCCUCGAGCUCAACAAGGUUCAGGGAGACUUCCACAUCACCGCCAGGGGCCACGGCUACAUAGAGGCGGGGAAGCAUCUCGACCAUAACAUGUUCAACUUUUCCCACAUCAUCUCCGAACUGUCCUUUGGUCCCUUUUACCCCUCGCUCGUCAACCCCCUCGACCGUACCGUCCACCACGCCGGCUUCAACUUUUACAAGUUUCAGUACUUCCUCUCCGUCGUUCCCACCGUCUACAGCGUCGGCUCGAGCUCCAUUGCCACCAACCAGUACGCCGUCACCGAGCAGAGCAAGCCGGUCAACGAACGCACCAUACCGGGCAUCUUCGUCAAGUACGACAUUGAGCCCGUCCUGCUGUCGAUCCGCGAGAGCCGCGAUGGCAUCUUCGUCUUCCUCGUCAAGCUCAUCAACGUCCUGAGCGGCGUCCUCGUCGCCAGCCACUGGGGCUACACGCUGACCGAUUGGGUCAAGGAGAUUUUCAACAGGAAAACGAGACGGGCCAGCACCAUCGACGGCGUGCUGGGGACGGCGGAUGAUGAGGACGAUGAUGAGUAG